UCUCCUUGAAAGACAAAGCUAAAAUUUGGUUAUAUUUUUUGAGAUCGAGAUUUAUAGAUGGUUGGAGAAAACAAGGAUAUCAAGAGUCAACUAACUAAGUUGACCAAUGCUCUUACUAUCCAAGAACGAGGUAAGAUUCCAACUCAACCUCAAGCUAAACUUAAAAAUUUACACUUUGUGCAGGAAUCUACCUCUAAUUCGAAGAACAUAAAAUGGGUCAACGCAAUCACUACUCGUAUUGGUAAGGUACCAACUUAUGCCAAAGUGAUCAAGGAUCUAUGCACCAUGAAAAGGAAGCACCAUGAAAAGGAAACACCAUGUCAACAAAACUGCAUUCUUGACAGAACAGGUCUUGGAGAGAUAAAACCCACAUCUGUGGUGUUACAAUUGGCUGAUCGUUCUUGUAGGAAACCAAGAGGGAAAGAUAAGCAAAAGAAGUUUUGGCAACCAUGCUUUGAGAAGUUACCAUGUGAAAGAGAACAACCAAAGCCAUCUUCACUAGAGACAUCAAAAGUCGAGUUAUCCCCACUUCCUGAAGGGUUGAAACAUGUAUUCUUGGGUCUAGGUGAUACCUUUCCUGUUAUAAUAUCUUCUAAACUUAGUGCUGAACAAGAGGAGAAAUUGGUACAUAUAUUAAAAGAACAUAAAUCUGCACUAGGUUGGACUAUAGCUGACAUUAAAGAAUUUGAUCUCACAAUUAAAGACAAGAAGGGUGUUGAAAAUGUGGUGGCUGAUCAUUUGUCUCGAUUGGAGUUUAAUGACGCCGAUAUUGAAAGUUCACCAAUUCGAGAUGACUUCCCUAAUGGACAUUUGCUCACUGUUAGCCAAGUUCCAUGGUACACUCACAUUGUUAACUACUUGGUUUCUAGUGAAAUUCCAUCGAAUUGGAGUGCACAAGAUAAGCGUAAGUUCUUGGUUGAGGGUAUUGAUUUCAUGGGACCAUUUCCAUCUUCUUUUGGUUACCUUUAUAUUCUUCUUGCUGUUGAUUAUGUGUCUAAAUGGGUUGAAGCUAUACCUUGUCAUACCAAUGAUAACAAAGUAGUUGUUAAAUAUGGUGUUAUUCACAAGGUGUCAACCGCUUACCAUCCACAAACUAAUGGACGAGCUGAAUUAGCUAAUAAGGAGGUAAAACAAAUGUUAGAGAAAACAGUAAACCCAAACCGCAAAGAUUGGUCUUUACGCCUUUCAAAUGCAUUGUGGGCAUAUCGCACUACCUAUAAGACUAUUCUUGGGAUGUCUCCAUAUCGGCUUGUAUAUGGGAAAGCAUGUCAUUUGCCUGUGGAACUUGAACAUAAAGCUUAUUGGGCUACUAAAGCACUUAAUUUUGAUUUCAAUGCUGCACGUACCCAAAGAAAGUUACAAAUAUCAGAGAUAGAAGAAUUGAGGAAUGAUGCAUAUGAUAACUCUAGGAUCUACAAGGCUAAAUUGAAAGCAGCUUAUGACAAGCAGAUCCUAAGGAAGAACUUUGAGCCAAAUCAAAAAGUGCAUCUUUAUGAUUCUCGGUUGCACCUUCAUCUAGGAAAGCUAAGGUCUAGAUGGACAGGGCCAUUUGUGGUGAAACAAGUUUUCCCUAAUGGUGCAGUUGAGAUUGAGGAUCCAAUCGAUGGGAGAAAUUUUCGAGUUAAUGGACAACGAUUGAAGCAGUAUGUGGAGCGAGUAGACCAACCUUAGGAGAUCACUCUCAUGACUCCAAUCUAUGAGACAUAAUCAGGUUUUAUCUUUCCAGACUAUUAUUUGUUUUUCUCAUUUUCUUAAGUUUUUCUUUUAUUAGUUUUUUUUUAGGUUUCCUUCCCUAGUUGUUACGUUUUAGGGUUGCCUUUGUUUCUUUUAUGCCAGUGAAGACAUUGUCUCGUUUAGGUUGGGGGUGGUAGCAUUGCACGCACAUUUUUGGCACACUU